ACCAUCUUCGCCGCCUGUGGCGCUCGUCGGUUUCCUCGCUCGCGGCCCUUCGCCAGCCGCCCCGCCUGGGCCCUGCGGCCGCCCUCGGCCUCGUCGUCCCGUCGGCUGCCGCGGCCGUGGCCGGAGGUGUAGCGCCGCGGCCGUGGCGGCGGCUCCAGAGACCCCGUCCGGCUCCCUUCCCUCCUGCGUGACCGUCGCCGAGGUCUCGGGGAGGAACCGGGCGGGCUGGGUCGGCGGCAGGUGGGGCUGCUCCGCCCCUCCCCCCGAACAGAAAUUUCUGUUCUGAGAGAUGUGUUGCCAUGCCUCGCUUGUGUCUAACCAUCCAGAGUUAAAACUGGGAAAGAAAACACAUUAUGGCAAUUCUUCAUUCAUCAUGUUCCAUUACCAGUGGUGGCUGAGCUGAAGUUUCCUGAGUCCUAGGGAGAGUAUGUAUAAAAGGAAUGGCCUCAUGGCCAACGUGACAGUGACCUCCGCCACUCCAGAGGGCAGUAGCAGUUCUGACUCGCUGGAAGGACGGAGUUCAGAUUAUGCCCAUAAAAGUUAUGAUGCAGUUGUGUUUGAUGUGUUGAAAGUAACACCGGAGGAGUUUGCAAGUCAGAUUACACUAAUGGAUACACCAGUGUUUAAAGCUAUACAACCAGAGGAAUUAGCAAGUUGUGGAUGGAAUAAGAAAGAGAAACACAUCCUUGCCCCUAAUAUUGUUGCCUUUACAAGGAGAUUUAAUCAGGUCAGUUUCUGGGUGGUACGAGAAAUUUUAACAGCACAGACUUUAAAAAUAAGAGCAGAAAUAUUGAGCCAUUUUGUGAAAAUUGCAAAGAAACUUCUAGAACUGAACAAUCUUCAUUCCCUCAUGUCUGUGGUGUCGGCCCUGCAAAGUGCACCUAUUUUCAGGCUGACAAAAACCUGGGCACUUCUGAAUCGCAAAGACAAGACCACCUUUGAGAAGCUGGACUUCUUAAUGUCUAAGGAAGAUAAUUAUAAGAGGGUGCGGGAAUACAUCAGAUGCUUAAAGAUGGUCCCCUGUAUUCCUUAUUUAGGGAUUUAUUUGUUGGAUUUAAUCUACAUCGAUUCAGCAUAUCCUGCUUCAGGCAGCAUCAUGGAGAACGAACAAAGAUCCAAUCAAAUGAACAAUAUCCUCCGAAUAAUUGCUGAUUUGCAAGUCUCCUGUAGCUAUGAUCACCUUAUAACACUACCCCAUGUGCAAAAAUACUUAAAAUCUGUCCGGUACAUUGAAGAGCUUCAAAAAUUUGUAGAAGACGACAACUACAAAUUGUCCUUACGAAUUGAACCAGGAAACAGCUCUCCACGAUUGGUAUCUUCAAAGGAAGAUCUUGCAGGUCCGUCAGAGGUGUCAGCAGCUGUGAGGUUCAGCAGGAGACCAACCUGUCCUGAUGCCUCGGUGGCAGCCAGCCUGCCAACUCCUCCUGUACCACGACACAGGAAGAGUCACAGCCUGGGAAACAAUAUGAUGUGUCAGUUAAGUGUAGUUGAAAGUAAAAGUGCAACGUUCCCAACAGAGAAGCCACGCCACCUGCUGGAUGACAGUGUGCUAGAAUCCCGCAGUCCUGUCAGAAACCACACAUUAAGUUCUGUUUUCACCAAUGGUAUUUCUAUAGGAAGCAGCGAAAGCUCCGAAUUUAGUGAGGAGCCUUCUUCGGGGCUUGAGAGGGGUCGGUUGUAUGCCACGCUGGGGCCCAACUGGCGGGUACCAAUUCGGAAUUCUCCCAGAAGUCGAAGCUGUGUCUACAGUCCAACGGGGGCUUGUAGCUGCACAUCAGGGAAUUCCAUGGGAGUUGUUACCAUGGAAGGGCCUUUAAGAAGGAAGACGUUACUAAAGGAAGGCAGGAAACCAACGCUUUCCUCGUGGACUAGAUAUUGGGUGGCCCUUUCUGGAUCGACUCUGAUCUACUUUGGAGCAAAGUCCUUAAGAGGCACUGAAAGAAAACAUUAUAAAUCUACUCCAGGAAAAAGGGUUUCCGUCGUUGGGUGGAUGGUAGCACUGCCUGAUGAUCCUGAACAUCCCGAUAUUUUUCAGCUAAAUAAUCCUGAUAAAGGCAAUGUUUACAAAUUUCAGACUGGUUCAAGGUUUCAUGCAAUACUGUGGCACAAGCAUUUGGACGAUGCAUGCAAAAGCAACAGGCCUCAGGUACCUGCGAACCUUAUGUCAUUCGAGUAACGUGCUUUGAUGUGCGGUGCGACUUCAAGUGCCAAUCUGCAGGAUAAGGAAGUAUUCUCACUGGAGAACUGAGGGAGAAGACUCCAGAGUGAGCCAGCUGUCCGUAACAGCAUCUUCAGCACUUUUUUUAAAAAAAAAAAUGUAACUUGAAAGUAAUUAUGACCGAGCUUUGAAAAGCAGAAAGUGAAUGUUGUCCUUGGGACAGGAUCUACCCCAAUGCACUGAUGAGACAAAUGAUUUAGACGGAUCCAAGAGCCAUCCUGCCCCCGACGCAGGAUCCCUUGAGUCCUUGAGUUUAGCUUCGUGGUCACAGACUACCGUGGAUUUCUGUUCUGCCACAAACUGUGCAUCACAUCUUCUUCUGCAGAUCCUUGUGUUUUUUUUUUAACCUGCUCUUUUUAUUGUUGAGCUGCUUUAUGUGACUGAAGAACAUUUAGCCCAUGUUGGGUUUUCGAUUAUUUCUAAUGCACAAAACGAUUGACAGUGUUAACAUGCUGCGAAGUGUCAAUUAGACUAGGACAUUGUGGAACAACGUUUUUUCUAACCUUAAGUGCACUGAGUUGCUUGACAAUGUGGCUGCCUCAGAUUUUGUAUCAAACCUAGGGACAAAACUGAUGUUCAUCCCUGAGCUAUUUGGGAAAUGUGUAUUUUGGCACAAGAUAAACCUUCUGUUAAUUUAGUGUUUCUUUCUUGAAAUUGGUUUUGCUGCUUUGUUUUAACGGACAGGAAGUGCCCAGUCAUGUGAAAAGUGUGUUGCUGCUGACACCCACUUUGUAUUUACGGCUCUUUCUGGGCUCCUUCACCCCAAAAUAAACGUUUGCCUUAAAUUAUUUGAGUUCUUCUCCGUUGAACUAUGGGUGCUAUUUGUCUAAAACGUCUGGCAGUGCAAAAAGUCACCUGCACCCACAGAGCUGUGUUCGGAUAUUCCCUGUUGCAGGACAUCUGCUGGUCAGCGUAGAUAAACUGGAAAAAAAAGUAUUUUUGCCUCUUUGGAGGGGCUCUUGCCAUCCCGGGGCUGCCCUUUUGAUAUUUCGCAGCCUCCUGUAUUCUGACAACAUUUUAGUGUUUUGACAUCCCUCACUGAGGAAAAUGUAGCUGGACUGAGCUCCACAUUUCCUCAGUUCUGAGUUAUCUAAUCUGAACAGAAUCCCUUCAACACGCCCUCAGGACCCCCCUCCCCCCCCCCGCUUGCCUGCAAGAGUAAGGCUACAUUGCACAGCAUUCAGUCUGUGGGGAAAGCGAGCGGCCAUUUUGGAUGAACGGAGCCCCACUUUUGAAGAAAUGCCCUGACAAGGGAGGUUAUCUACUGAUCUGGUUAAGUCUUGAUAAUUUGUGAACCUUUUUUAAAGUUUUUUUUCUCUUUAAUGUUAAGUAUAUCAUUGAUUGUAACCUGUUUUUCGUUGUCACGUCGUAUGUUUUGUGUCACAGUCCUGAGAAUGAAAACCCAAUAUGAAACCAGCUCAUGAAUCUUGUCAUCUCCCCACAAUGGGAACCAGGCAGCUUCUGAUGCAGAUAUUCCUUCAACAUCCUUUUGAAUUGGUCUGGUUGACUGGGUGCCGCGCGCUUGGCUGCUCUUGUCAACCCAAAAGCUAACUCGAUAAUGCGUGAAGCCGUAGCUACGGAGUUUCUGUAUGUCUAAGAACAAACUCCCACAGUGGCGCAUGAACAGUGGGGUUUUGUUUUGGUCAUCACCAUGGCCAUUUUCUGAACAAGCGUUAGGAUAUGUUGGCUCUCUUGCACAGGGAGGUGCCGGCAGUCUACACAUUUCAGAUGUUCUCCAGGAUGAAACGUUUACCUGGAUUUGCGUCUAAAGUGAAAAUGUAAGAAUGUGAUUUUGCAAGGUCUGUGUGUGUAUGUGCUGAUGAUACUCCAUUCUUCAGAACACAGAAAAGAAACGUCUUGCAGCGACACGGUUGUAAUGUAAGGUCUUGCCUCCAGACCCACAGCGGAUGUAAACAAUUCAGCGUGAUCCUUUUUUUUAAUCUGGAAAGGACCCCCUUUCUAGCAGCAUCCCCUGUUUCGAAUUCUCAAGUCACAAAUGAAAGUGAGACCCCCGUUACAGCUUUAAAGAGAACGCGGGGGCCCAUUUUACACUCGCGUUAAAUUAACGCGAUCCUCUUUGUUCUCGGCAUGUCCCUGAGCUGUAGCCUCUACGCACUUAGUUUUAAGGAUGCCAAAAAAAUAAUACAAGGAGUGGCCAAAUUGAAUCUGAGAAAUUAUAAAACUGAAGAGGUUAAAACAAGAACUGGGCCUCCUUCUGCUGCCAAAAUGCUAAAAGCUACACAAGGGGAAACAGGACAUGCAUAAUUAAUUCCCAUCACAUCAAUCGAACAAAAUAAUGGUGGAGUUCAGGUUGCCAUUCUGUGGAAGAAAAAGAAUCCGUACAGUAAGUUCGACCUCACUUAUCUUCGAGGUCAAAAUAAACAUUGGCUACAGUACUGGUUUUUAGUUCUUCCCCUCCCCCCCCCCCCCAAGUAGAUUUCAACUAAAUAAAUUCACAUUUCAGUUAUUCUCCAGGUUGUUCUCCAUUUCAGUUGUUCUCCAGGAUAUACUGGAGAGCUACUGACCCGGUAAGCAAUAGUCCAGGGACUCAUAGGCUGAUUCCACAUGGGCCAAAAACAGCAGUGCGAAAACGGUGUGAAAAUGGUGUAAAAGGGUUUAAACUGGUGUUAAAGGGUUUAUGCUGUUUUCACACCGCUGUUUUUGGCCCAUGCGGAAUCAGCCAUAGUUAAGGUCACAAUAGUUGUGUUUAAAUCUUGCCGCAAAUGCCCUGUGCUUACUCUCACCUUUCCAAGUUAGGGAAAGCUGCACAUCAGAGUAAUGGCGGCAGCCCAGGGCUGUUUGAUCAUUUCUUCCAAUACCAGGGCAGCGGCAGAUGCAGCUGUCAACUGUGUUGUAGCAAUGGGGGAAGAUGAAGGAUGCAAUCUGAGCCUAGGAAGAAAGUCCCCUUGAACUCAGCGGGACUUCUGGUUAAGGAUUUUUGUAUCUUAACUGUCAGAGCAAGAGCUCCAAGAAGAACAAAUCACUAGCUCGCUUUUGGUUUUAUUUUGGCAUUUCAUGGAGGAGCAAGUAUUUCGGCCUUUGAAAAAAACACAAUCUCAUCUGAUAAAAGAGAGAAAAGUCUCCCCAAUCCGCACCAGCCUCCAUCAUUACGCAUAGGUCUCCUCAGCCGCAAAGAAUUUAGACCCAACACCAGCAGGAGCCUUGAUCUGACGUGACCCGAAUGGAAAGGACACUUGUGACGGUGGCACCCGUGAGCCGAAGUCUCUCCUUAUGUAAUGAAUGAAACUUGCAUGUAUCUGUAGAGGGAAGAAAAUAACUUGGGAUGUAGCUACUUGAAAGCCCCUCUGCAAAAUUUGUACUUGGAAUGUUUUGUUUGCUUUUAAAGAAAAGAACUGGUGAUACAAACGGCUGGCUUUGAUUUUGAUUUGAUGUACAACUAGUCUUGCAUCUGGACAUGAACUUGGAAAACUGUGUACUCAUGACUUGUGUGAUAAAGGAGUAACUUGGUGCAGUAUUCAGCAGUACAGGCAGCUUUUGCUGCACAGUGUUUUAAGAAGAUGAAAUAAAUGGGUAUUGUUGUUAGCCUAAUCCACAUUUAAAUGGUUCUGUUCCUAUAAAAGCAUGAACUCUGCUUA